CAUGCUGUCCCAAUGAGGUUUAUUAGACAGUCUUUCUUGGGGUUUGUACAUACCCAAUGUAGAGAUCUCACACCAAGAUGUCCACCACACAGAAACUCUUAUCCCUGAAACAAGAUUGGGAAAGAUCUCCUUUCCCUCUCAGGGGAACAAGUCAUUAUCAAACUGCAUGAAAACAUAGGAAGGAGUAAAAUGUCAGACUCGCGUACCUCUUUAUGUAUUGUGCAUCAGUGCAAUAUCAUACUCCCAGCUGGCCAGACAGAUUAAGUUACACAUUGGCUAGAAGGCUUUCAAUAGCACUCUGUGCCUUUUCCACUAAAAUUUCCCAGCAUUGCUAACACUGGUCAUCUCUGGAAAUGGUAGCAAAGAUGGGAACCCUAUUCUACAGAAGGCACUUGUGGCCUCCAGCAUUUGUCAUUGUCAUCUAUCCCUUCUCAGAGCAAACUUUUUACAAAGCAUACCUGUGUGAUGGAGGUUUCCACAGGCAGAGAUGAGGUAUAUCAUUCCGUCCCCUGCCCCUGUGGUGGCAGUGGGGUUGUAAAUGUCUUUUUGAGUGUUGUCUGUUCUGCUGUUUCACUGAACAGUUUUAGGGGUUUGUGCCCUUCCUACUGAAUGUAGUAACCUCUUGAUUUGUUCACGUAUCUCCAGUGCAAUUUUUCAAACAUUCCUCUUCCACUGGGAGCUAAAAAUGAAGCAGCUGGAGGUAGUAAAGGUGCAAGCCCAGAUCAACAUUCAAAUCAUCACUGAUCGAUUGACUGUAUUGGAAGUUAAACUACUACGGGCAAAGCAAUGAGAAAGCAGACAGGCCAGCUCUGCCCUUGGGGAAAUCUGCUGCUGUUUGGAGAUUUGCACCCUUUGCCUCAACUAUAGCUGGGUGGUUGUGGAGGGGGAGCAGGUUAGCAACCCUCCUCCUGCUCUCUUGCACACAGUCUGCCUGCUACUUUGUUCAAAAAAAAGUCUGUUUCAGCUGCCAGUUGGAGAGUUAGCAGUGUGUGCUCAAUGCAUUGGAAUAGUGUGUGCUCCUUGCAUAGCAGAGUGUGGAGUAGAAAGUUGCACUGCAGAAAGGACCCUAGGACCGUCACUUGAGCCAUUCUUCCAACAAAGGGCUUGCUCCUCUAAGCUGCUCACACCUCCUAUAAAGUGCUGAGUGCUCUCAGUUCUCACUGACUUCAGUGGAUGUUGAGUUUGCACAGAGUGCGGGAGGGGGAAAAUCAAGCCCAAAAUGUAUGCAGCAGUUGCCAUUGUGCAGUGGGUCAGUCGGGCAUCAGCCCUCCUCCAGUGUGAAGGAUGACAGCACCCAAGAUACAGGUACCCUGUCACACCAAUAUCUAAUUCUUUCAUGGAGCUUUGGGCUUCAAAUACUGAUAGAUUUAAAUGCUAUUUUUCAGACGACAAAAUUCCCAGUGUCCCUUAGGACUUAUAGGCACAGUAACUCUCUGCUCCAUCCCACUGGGAGAGUUGUAGGUAACUGGACAUGGGGAAUACACAAAUACCUUUACAGUUUCCUUAGAGACAAAGACACAGGAUAGCUCAGGUAAUGGGAGAUUCAUAAUGGCCCAUGGGAUGACAUUUAGAGAUGUGUGCAAUGGCCACAACACAGCCUGAAAUCAUGCAAAACUUGAUUAGGGUUUUGUUACAAAUUCCAAACUCGGCCUAGUUUCACUGAAAGGUUUGCAAACAAGGAUAGUGCUUCUAUAGUCGAGGUGUGUGUUGUUGCAGUUAGGUCAUUGCUGUGGAUAAAUACCCUACUUAAAAGUGCCAUACUAGGUCAGACCAGUGGUCUAAUUAGUUCAGUACAGUAGAACCUAAGAAUUAUGAACACCUCGGGAAUGGAGUUUGUAGCUUUGGAAUGUACGUAACUCUGAACAAAACAUUAUGGUUGUUUCAGAAGUUUACAACUGAACGUUGGUUUAAUACAGCUUUGAAACUUGACUAUGCAGAAGAAAAAUUCUGCCUUCGCUUUAUUUUUUAGUAGUUUAGUUUAACACAAUACGGUAUUUGCUUUUUUUGGUCUCUGCUGCAGCCUGAUUGUGUACUUCCCGUUCCAAUGAGGUGGGUGAUUGAGUGGUCAGUUUGUAACUCUGGUGUUUAUAACUCUGAGGUUCUAUUGUAUCCUGUCCGACAGUCCAGUACCAAAGGCUUCAGAGCAAGAUGUAAGAAACCCUGCUGUAGGCAAUUAUGAGAGAACCUAAUCUGCAGGGAAGUUUCACCCUAUCCCCCCAUGAUUAGAUGUUGGUUUAAGCCCUAAAAUUUUCACAUUUAUAUACAUCCAAAGCUCUUAGGGGGUUGGGAUCCCCCCCAUAUUUGUUGUUAAAACUCUGGAUAUUUUCUUGUUAUCCAUAUAUAAAUGUCUCAUCUUCUUUUGAAUCCUGCUAAACUCUGGUGUUGAUGUCUUGUGGCAAUGAGUUCCACAGUCUCAGUACCUAUGGUCAUUCUGUUAGGCACUAUUCACAAUGGAGCUGUGUGAAACUCAGCAGUUUUGUUUCACUGGCAUUUAUGCAAACAUUUUCUUUUUCUUUGUGGGUCUUCAAUCACGUAUAGUUUAAGCUUCUAGUUCUAACAAAUAUAAAAACUCAAAGGGAAAAUGAGUCCAAACCACUGGAUUUCACCUGCUGUCCUAUCACAAAUCACAACUUGCAUGCAGUUUUGACAAAGAACUAUACUUUAUGCAGCCUCAGGUUUGCCUUCAGCUGAUGCUUUAGAUAAGGACAAAUUCAAUCAUUCUGGCUGCAGUAGGGCUCUUCCUGACUCCUUCACAAAAAAUCUUGAAGCCCUCCCUGCUGGGUUCUUGCUGAAAUAGAGAAUGUUUAGCUGCUCCUGUUAUUCCAGAAAAAGUCCAGUUCUUGAGACUUCCAUGGUCAACCGAAUUCCGAUCCAGCCAGAUUCAGUUGCCAGAUGGGUGUGGGAGGUCGGGAUGGGUGUGGAUUGUGAUCUGGAUUAUUUUGAUAGAUUAGGAGAAGCUGCAUAUGACCUAAAUUUAGAUGGUAAAACUGGGGAGUAUGCAGACCCAGUAAAAGGCGAUGGGUGCCAAAUUAUAGUUUUUGAUUCUUUCUUGUACCAGAAUGUUUUGUGGUCCUUCAAGGUCUUGUUUUAUGACCAAAUUUUGCCAGGAUUCAGAUGCUGAACCUGAGUUUUGUGGUACUGUUAUACUGGGAAGCUUCAGGGUCUGUGUUUUUAAGGUGCACUAAUAACAGCUAAACAUGUUUUCUGAUCAGGCAUGAAACAUAGGUAGAUGGGGCUAAAACCUGCCAGGAUCCAGCAGGACCCACCUGAUGAAUCCAGGGUUUGGCAAUGCAACUGAGGUGGGAUGUAUCAGGGUAUUUGAUGCAAUUGGAACAGCUAGGCUUGUUCUUCAUGGACUUUGGAAGGCUGGGCUAAAAAUCGGCAAGAUCCAACUUGUACCCUGACCCUUUAGUCCAUUUCUGAUUGAAGGCUGAGGCUUUAGUGUCUUUUAAGCCCAAGAUCUUAAAGGCUUUUCCUAAGGAACAAAAAGGAGGUGCAAGGGGGGAAUGCAGCAGGAGAUAUAAUCGGUGUCAUGAGUUAAUAAGGGACUUGUGCGAGUGGCAGGCACGGAAAUGCGGGAGAGAACGAUGGAGAUCUAAACGGCGUUAGGACCGCUCGGCGCGCUCAGGUCUGGAGGUGGUAUAAGGUUUGCAAUCCCUCUACUUGCUGGCAGUUGCAGGAGAAGAUUGCUUUUAAGUGAAACGUCCCUGCCACCUCUCUGAGGUUUCAUUCCCCACAAUAGUGUCCUGCCCUUAAGUUUGAGAGCUCCUUUUGCGAUGCAGGGUCCGCGCUGAUGCUGAGGAGGGUGCACGGGAGAUUUCCAAUCCAGAAGAAUCGCUGGCAUGUAUAUUUCAUCCGAUGGACUUUCCAUGUGUCUCAUCUCCCUGCCAUCAACGCUAUAUGCAGUGACACUUUUGACUUGAGCAGAGGAAUGCGCGGAGGAAGCUCCGGCGAAACUGGUAGGAGAAGAUCUCCUCGGCGCCACUGCUAAUUGUCGUGAUUUAUGUCCCCUCCGAGUACCUUCCACAGCUUCAUCUAAAAUAAAACGAAAGCUGGGGCCAGCCAGGAGCGCAGCCUUUGCAGAGCGUCUCGUCGCUGAGAACCAGGGAACGUCCUGCAGCUUCCCGGAGCCCCAGUAAAAGUUUAAUGCAAAGAAGUGGCUUGGGCAGACGGGAGACCCGGCGGUGCAGCGGGGCUGGCAGGAAACCCUGAGCGGCUGCUGCUGACUUGUUCCAGGGAGAGCGUGGGUCCUGGCUCCCCUUCUCUGAUCUGCCGUUCGCCGAGCUUUGCAGUGGAGCCGGAGGAGUUCCUCCCCCUUCGCCCCGGGGCGAGCUCCGCCGGGCAGCUCCAGGGCAGUCUACAGUUCCCGGGGUAGGGGCGGAGAAGGGGGCUCCGACCUGCCGGCUGGCGGGAGCUGCUCUUCUCCAGCCCUUGAACUCCUCGGCGUUCCCAGGAACUUUUGUUGGGCGUGCGGCACACGGCUGCCAGGCUUCCCGCGGCUGGGGGACGGGGCCCAGCGGGCGGAGCAGCCUCCCAGCCCUGCGCCGCUGGCUCCCAUGCUCCCGCUGCCGGAGGGGGAUGAGGCUGGCAAGGUCCCAGGCAGCGCGGUGGCCGCUCUUCUCCCCGCUCUAACGAGAGGGAUUGCUCCACAUGGGUGUUGGUGCCAGAAGAAAAGAAUGAUUGAUGGGAAACAGACACCAGGCUGUAGACACUCAUCCUUUUGCUUCAGAUGCUGAUUUAUCAGUGCGUCUAGGUAUCCCUUGUGAGCUUUGAACACGGAGGAUCACUCAGGGUUAUCGACAGUACAAGUGAAGACCUACAACUUUGCUAAAUUAUUAUCUGCUCUCGGACAUCUUUUACAAAAAGCCCUGAUAGACACAUGAUAAGACAAAGGACAAGCUUCAGAUUUCUGUGAAAAGCUGUCCUUUGAAUAUGUUAGGCUUCCACCAAAGUCUUCAACUUAGUAAAGCAAGUACCAUAUUCUAACGCUUCACGUUCAGUUGUGGAACCUGUUUUAUAAGAUACAUACAUAAAUAUAUGUGUACAUAUAUUUAUAAUCUAUAGACUGUCCUUAAAUCAAUACUGCUUAUAAUUAUCAAGGCAAUUUCAAAGGAUUUAGAGAUGUAUUUGUCAAGAUUCCUGUCACUUCAUGCCCUUUGGGUUACUGUAUCUUCAGUGAUGCAGCAUUAUCCUUCAGUGUGGGGACAUUAUGAUGUGUGUAAGACUCAGAUUUACACAGAAGAAGGAAAAAUUUGGGAUUACAUGGCCUGUCAGCCAGAAGCCAGAGACAUGAUCAAAUAUGUGAAAGUGACCCUGGAUCCCCCUGAUAUAACAUGUGGAGAUCCUCCCGAGACCUUCUGUGCAAUGGGGAAUCCCUACAUGUGCAAUAAUGAAUGUGAUGCAACUACCAAUGAACUGGCACAUCCACCUGAACUGAUGUUUGAUCUUGAAGGAAGACAUCCCUCCACAUUUUGGCAGUCUACAACUUGGAAAGAUUAUCCCAAACCUCUCCAGGUUAACAUUACCCUCUCCUGGAACAAAACCAUUGAACUAACAGAUAACAUAGUUAUCACCUUUGAAUCUGGCCGUCCAGACCAAAUGAUCCUGGAGAAAUCACUUGACUAUGGGCGAACAUGGCAACCAUACCAGUAUUAUGCCACAGACUGCUUAGAUGCUUUCCAUAUGGAUCCCAAAUCAGUGAAGGAUUUAUCACAGCACACAGUCCUAGAAAUCAUUUGCACAGAAGAAUACUCCACUGGGUACAUGACAAAUAGUAAAAUCAUCCACUUUGAGAUCAAAGAUCGAUUUGCAUUUUUUGCUGGACCUCGGCUUCAUAAUAUGGCUUCCCUGUAUGGCCAGCUUGACACAACCAAGAAGCUGAGAGAUUUCUUUACCAUCACAGACCUGAGGAUCAGAUUGCUCAGACCAGCAACUGGGGAAAUAUAUGUAGAUGAGCAACACUUGGCACGCUACUUUUAUGCAAUCUCAGAUAUAAGGGUAUAUGGAAGGUGCAAGUGUAACCUUCAUGCCACUGGCUGUAAAGAAGAAAACAAAAAAUUGUUUUGUGAAUGUGAGCACAAUACUACGGGCCCAGACUGCGGGAAAUGCAAGAAGAAUUAUCAGGGUCGACCUUGGAGUCCUGGCUCAUAUCUGCCUAUUCCUAAGGGCACAGCAAAUAUCUGUAUUCCCAGUAUUUCCAGUAUUGGUAAUCCACCAAAGUUUGAUAGGAUAUGGCCGAAUAUUUCUUCCCUUGAGGUUUCUAAACCAAAUCAAGUUGCUCCCAAAUUAGCUUUGUCAACUGUUUCAUCAGUUCAAGUUGCAAACCACAAGAGAGACUGUGAAUGCUUCGGCCACUCCAACCUGUGCAGUUACAUCGAGCUGCUAAAUACAGUCAUUUGCGUGAGCUGUAAACACAACACUAGAGGGCAGCACUGUGAGUUAUGCAGGCUGGGCUACUUCAGAAAUGCUUCUGCAGAGCUGGACGAUGAAAAUGUAUGCAUAGACUGUAAUUGUAACCCUUUUGGCUCUGUCCAUGAUCGCUGUAAUGACACAGGAUUCUGUGAGUGUAAGGAGGGAACAUCAGGGACUAAAUGUGAUAAGUGUCUGCUGGGAUAUAUCUGGCACAGCUUAGGCUGUCAACCAAAUGUAUGUGACAAAGAACUACUGCAAUGCCAGAAUGGAGGAACAUGCCUCAAAAACAUGCGAUGCCAGUGCCCUCCAGCCUACACUGGCAUUUUGUGUGAGAAGCUGAAGUGUGAAAGGGAUCCAGGAGGUUGCAGCCAAAACUCCGGCAACAUGGCAGUAUCACAUGGCCCUCUAUUACCGCUGACUGCUCUACUAGGAGUAACUGGGCUUUUCAUAUUCUAGGCUCCGUCUGGUUGAUGGCAUCACGUUCAGACUGCUUCAGAAGGAAUGUGCCACAAAAAAAAAAAAAAAAAACCCAAGCAUUUGCUACUAAAAUUUUAAAAAAGAAAAAGAAUAAAACCACGUAUAAACUAAGAAGGCCCAACUGAACUAAGCCAUAUUAAUCAAUUGUGGACAGCACUCUGAGUCAAACGACUGUUAAUUUCUGACUCAAGACAAGUUGGCAGCUGCCAAGUCUAUUACUACAAACAACAAUGCCAGCUGCAAAGAGUACACAGGAUUGAAAAGGCUUUGACAAGCCCCCAAAAUGGAAAAUAAAAAACAUUUGCCACUUUGAUAUGGUGCGCUACUGUACCUCUGCCCAGUGUGUGGACCAACCAAAUAGAGGCAUUCUUUGCUGUCAGUGCAUUGUGGGUAUAAGGAAAUCUGUUAAAGCUGCCAUAUUGGCCUGCUUCAGUCCCUAAAUCCCUUCCAACCUGUGCUUUAGUGAACGUUGCUCUGUAACCCUUGUUGGUUGAAAGGUUUCUUUGUCUGAUGUUAGUGAUGCACAUGUGUAACAGCCCCCCUCAAUAAAACUCAAGACAGUCAUAUCCUUGUAUAUUUUAGCAGCACCGCAUCAGUAAGAUGCUGUGUUCAUCUACUGUACAAGAGUGGCUAUAGGACAAAAAGUGUAUUUAUCCUUUUGUAUUCAAAUGAAGUUAUUUUUCUUGAAAUAAUGUACAAUGUAGAUUUUUUGUAUUAUUGACAAUUUGUGUUACCAGACAAUUUAUUCAUGUAUUUAAUUCUAAUCGGAUAAGAAAAAUUACUUUUUAUUUAAUCUUUUUUUUUCUUUUCUUCUUUCAUUUAAUUGUGCAGAGAUUUCUCUGUAUGGGCAACGUGCUGGCAUCAAAGAAUAUCAGUUUACAUAUAUAACAAGUGUAAUAAGAUUCCACCAAAGGACGUUCUAAAUGUUUUCUUGUUGCUUUAACACUGGAAGAUAAAAAAAAAUAAAAAUUCCUGCAUAAACAAACAAUUUCAGGAAUUUGUAUUGCAAUUUCUUAAGACAAUUUUUAAAAAUUAUUUUCCUUGAUCCUUUUACUGUCUGCUAUAUGGAUGAAAUACCACUCUGAAUAAAAAGAUACCUUUUGUUUGAGGAAAAUGUUAUAAAAACACUAAAUCUGUAUUCACCUUAAUCAUCGCCAGAAUUAUUCCAAGGGUAAUUUACAAAAGUAUUAAAGAAUAUUUUCUUUAAAUCAUGCAACUUUUGUGGAUUGACAGUAAUGAAGUCGAUAUCGCCCCUGCUUAAAUGUGUCUCCUAAAGCUUCAUUAAAAUGAAAUGUUUAUUUAUAUAGAAAUAUUAGUCUGCCUCAGAAACCGCAAAAGCAAUGACAACCCCCUACACACAGAAAAAAAAGUGCAGUGAUUCAACUUUUAAUAAAGUCAGAUUUAGUAUUUAGAGGGAGUGUCAAAAUAUACAGCAGCAAGUAGAUAAAAAGUGCUGUUCCAGCAAAUAAAAGUUUGUUUUAAGUAUUGCUCAAGGUGUAAUAAAUUCUUGUUUCUACCUUUUAUUAGGCCAAUUACUGAGUGUGACAGCAAGGGAUAGAGAGAAAAGUACAAAUAAACCAAAACCAUGGCUAUUGCAGAGACAAGGAAAAUCAAAAGACAGCAACACUGUGUGGAUUCAUUUCCUAGCAGAUUUUCAUCAUACAUAAUGUAAAUAUUUUACCAGUAUGAUAGCCUAGAAUGGAAAACAAUUAAUCAGCACAGGCAAAAAUCCUAACGGCAAUAGAUUCUACUUGGCUACUUACUCCCCUGUGGUGAACAGACUGUGAAUUUGAAAAUUACCUUCUUUGAUAGCCUCUCCACCUCCAGUGGGGAAAAAGCCCAUUGUUGGCAGAUACCUUGUAGGAAUAUUACAUGAGGAAACAGCGUAUCUUAACAGUUUUUGUUUCUAGAAAAACUCAUCUGGAGAUUGACAAUACAGGUAAACAGGUAGUAUUUGUUCAAGCUACCACCUCAGCCCCGCCUCUGGAAUGUUUGCUAAUCACACCAGCAGUCUCUUUUAGUUUACAAAACAAGGGUGAGAUAAAUUAAAGGUUUGGCUGUGUGCCAGCAUGGCCUAUGUGAAAUUGUAGAUUUAUAUUAGACGCAUGCUCAAGACAAUAAACAGAAAAUGAUAUUGCAGAGUCACUGCGGAAUAUAAAUGCAAAUAUAGGUGACAUACAGAUCUGAAGAUUACUUAUAAUUAAAUGGAUUUCUAAUAUUAAAAUGUGGAAUUUAAGUUGUCUUGAAGUUUAUUAACCCAGACCAAAUGCAGACCAUGUAAUUAUUGGAAAAGAUGCACUUUAACUGUCAUUAUACAGUCAAGGCUUUGUGAAAGUGCUCAGGAAGCAUGUUGUGCAUGUCUGAUUAUACUGAACUCUGCUAGACAAUACUAAAGUAUAAUGAAUAUCAGAUCUUAAUCAGCUCAUCUGCAUUUCAAUUUCAUGAAGGUACAAGCAUCUAAAACUAUGUGGAAUACACAGCUUUCCAUAUAUUUAUAUAGCAUUUUCUGCAUUUCACCACAUAGGUCAGCCUGCUUUUAAUAAAAUGCCAAUUUUAGGUACAUAUCCAAUGGAAAGUGAAUUUUCUUUUCAAUCAUCCUUUUCAUCAAACCUCAUUAUUUUUGCCAUUGUACACACUGUAAAGGAACUGCAGUAUCUGAAGAUUUUUGAGCGUGAAUUCUGCUAUAAUAUUCAGAGUAUAUGAAUAAUUAUAUAAUGCACAUACACACAAUGAGAUUUCCGCACUGCUCUGUAUUGGUUUAACUCUGUUUCCAUUGAAGUCAAUGAGGAAUUUAGGGAGGCAGAGUGUAUUUCCCAUAUUGAAAAUUGGUCAGAACAACAGACAUCUUGCUGAAAUUGCCAUGGGAUCUUUUAGUGACCACAAAUAGUCAUUGUGACAGAGAUGGCAACUUCCUGCAAUAUCUGUGGGAGAGCUUCCUCUAUUAAGAAGUAGCAUUGUGGGCCAGGGAUUCUGUGUAAUUCCAUGGGGGAGGGGGCACCACAGCUCCUCCAGAAACUAACAACAGUGUGGUGGGGACUUUUGGGUAAAGAAUCUGAGUUUACACUGACUCAGAGCCUUCUUUCUGAUCCAGCAACUGGACAAUACCUUCUGUCCAAAGGAUACCCCAAUCCUUCCUGGGAAGGAUGGGAAGGACUUUGGCCUACUAAGGCCGCAUAAGACUGAUGGAUGACAUCAGAUGAGCUUUUAGCAUGCAUAUAGGAACGUUUAUUAUUUUUUAUGUUUUCUCUGUAAUGCUUUCACCAUCAGAAUAAAUGUGCUUGCUUAUAAAGG